UCAGCUUGUUUCUCUCAUUGUGACCUCAAGCUGAAGUAAAACAAAAAGGCAGCAGCUUCUAUUGUCUUAGCAGAAGGAAGAUUGUGUUGUAUCUCAUCUGAAUAUUUCAGCAACCAUGUCUUCAGCUCAGCAUCUCAGAGAGUUUAUCAGAGAGAGACUAACUGCUGCUGCUCAAGAAAUCUUCACCGAGGUUGAAAAAACCAUCAUUUGCUACGAGGAAGAGCUCGAUGCUCAGCGCAGGAUGAUGGGGAUCAACUUGCAGCAACAAAUAAAUCUCAACAGAAUCGGGUCGGAGCCGCGCAGACAAAGUUCUGACCUCCAACAGCCACAUUUCUCCAUUGAGGAGAAAACUUUUGCCAUCCAACAGGUUCGUAACCAGGGGAGAAGGUCCAGUCAUGACCAGGAGGAAUCAGGACAUCAAUGGACUGGAGAACUAAGGGAACCACGACCUCCAUGUAUUAAAGAGGAAGAUGAGGACCCCAAAUCACCACUGAUUGAUGAACAGGACAUUCAAGGAAAUACAUGGAUUAAGGAAGAGGAGGAAUCAGAACCUCAACUGAUAAUUGUAGAAAAGAAGGAACCAGAUUAUUCAGUGCUUCAACAUGAACAGCAUGGACCAGAACAUUUACCAACCAGGCAGGACCAGAAUGACCUAUGCAGCAGUCACGAGGGACAACAUCCUGUCCAAAAGCUGUUUGUUGCUUUGAUGGAUACUUCUACUCUUCAAGAAGAUGGCAUGAGUGAUGGAGGACCACAAACUGAGCAGCUCUCCUUUCAGAUAUUUCCUGUAGUUGAGAGCAAAGAUAAGGAAGGAAGCAGCUCCACUGUUUCAGAGAGUCAUUCUCAUAAUGAGGCACAGGCACAGUUUUACAGAACCCACACAUGUAGGAAGCCUUUUUUAUGUGAAACGUGUGGAAAAAGUUUCACUCGAGUAGAUCAUCUAAAUUUUCACAAGAAAAUUCAUACAGGUGAGAAGCCUUUCUCAUGCGAAACAUGUGAAAAACGUUUCUCUCGAAUUAGUCAUUUAAGGCUUCACAAGAAAAUUCAUACAGGUGAUAGGCCUUUUUUUUGUGACACAUGUGGAAAAUCUUUUAUUCAGAGCUCGGACUUAAAUGUCCACAGACGAAUCCACACAAAUGAGAGGCCAUUCUCUUGUCAGACAUGUGGAAAAAGUUUUACUCGAAAAAGUAAUUUGAAUGUUCACAGGAAAACUCACACACAACAAAAAAGUUUUUCAUGCCAGACAUGCGGACAACAUUUUCUCCGUCUUGGUAAUCUGAUUUCCCACAUGAAACUAAAACAUAACAGUGAGAGGGAGACAUUUGACUCUCACACACAGUUAACAUUAUAAAUAUUUAAACUUUCUUUGCAGUUUUCAGUUUAUGAAAAUGAAGUAAUAUUGUGGCACUUCUGAGUAGUGCCCCAGAUGUUCCGCUAAAUAGCCAAUUGUUUGUGGUUGCUUGUUGUUGUGGUUUCAUCGGAACCUGGUUUAGUCUUCCGGUUUUCUGGGUUAAUUUUUUGUUUGUAGCCAUGAUUAUUUCGUUAUAUACCAGUGUGUUUUUGUCUGUUUAGGUUGAAAGGCCUCUGCUGUCUGGUGUCAUUAGUUUAUUCUCAAAAACUUUGUUUUGAUAGAAUUUAGACUGCUUUUUGUUCAGCGUUAAAUUGUAGGUUAUCACACGUUACUUUGAUAUUCCUAAAUACUAUAUAUUUUGCAAGUUAAGGAAGAGAACUUUAAUUUUUUGCUAAUUUAGCCCUCCAUGUUAUUUUGCCAGUUGAAGAAUAUUAUAUCAUUGUGGAGUUGUAGUCAUUUUUUUGAUCGUUUAUUUGAAUCUUUAUACUGGACUAGGAAGGGCUUUUUUCACCAGGUCUUAAGAGACUUCUAUGUCUGUGAACAUCAACAGAAUUUAUGAACAAAUGUCAGAUUUUGUGCUACAGUCCACUCACGUUAUUCAGGUUAUGCCUAUUUACAGAUUCUUGUUUUCAUAGGGAGUAUCUAUGAAAUAUUUAAAAGAAAUGCUGCAUGGGAGGCUGAAAUAGUUUGACAAAGUGCUACUGGACACACUAUUGGCUGGUAUUUGCAAAGCAGCCACUGUAUAAGCACCAUUUAUUUCCCUUGCUGCUGAUUGGCUGCAGUCUUAAUAGUGGAGAUAAUGAAGUCCUCUGAUUUUGGCUUUUGAGGUCGUCUCAAGAUUGUACAAUUUCCUCUGUAUAUUUCAGUGCAUAUAAAGAUGUAUAUGCUGUUUAAACUUUUUCAGUUUUUGAUGUGAAAAGCUGCGGAGAGUUUUGAGAAAUGUUUGCUUGAGGAAAACAAAUGCUUCGUAGAUAUUAUCCAGCAUGGUGGUGGAAGCUGAUGAUGUGGGCUUGUUGAUUGGUUCAACAAUCGUCUUUGUCCCAAACUCUUCUUGAACCAAAUGUGGGUCCAUCUGUCAAGCAGCUGAAGCUUGGUCCAAUCUGGGUCAUCAACAGGACAACAACACCAAAAUAAUUGUAGGGUUCAAAUGGCCUAGUCAAAGGCCAGACUUUAACGUUACUGAAAUCUUGAUUUCCAUAGAGCUGUACUGAGAGGAUUUUGUUUUUUGAGCCUAAAUGAUCCAAAGCAUGGUUCUAAGGAAGACUGAGUGAAAGUUGAUCUCCAACAAUGUUGUUUAAAUUAAGUUACCUUUUGUUGAUUUUUUUUUUGUAGAUUUUAAAUAGAUCAAAGUUUCUGCUUUCAGUUUUGAGGAUUGUAACAAACUACUGAUUGUUGUUGAUGUGUUUCAAAUUUACAAAGUUUGUUCAUUUGAUUUUCAAAUGUUUUUGUUCAAAGUGUUUAACUUUUUCACAUAUUUGAAACAUUUGUUUUAGACUUGUGAAAACCAAAAUGUUAGAAUAGUUAAGUUUUUCAUGUUACUGUAAAAAAAAAAAAUUAGUUAAACUUUUUCAAGAAAUGUUGAAUUUAAAUACAUGAAUACUGUUUGUUUUCAUCAAAGUUUUU